AUGCACCGUAUGUUGCUCCAGGUGGAUGUUGAGACUGGUGAGAGUCCCACCGCAAGAUGGGCACCCGAGAUGGACAGACAUGAGGGGUUCCUCCUUCGAGAUCGUGGUGCCAAGAAGCUGAAACGCAAGUGUUGUGAGACCUUCGAUGACGUCAUCCACACCUCCCGGCCCUGCGACGCUCUCGAUGGAGCUCGGAAGGUCUUUAUCGAGCCACUCGCCGGCCAUUUUCUCGCAAAGUCUCGUAAACGGGUACGCAGGCUUGACGUGACCAACCAGAUUCACUCGCGCCUCGCAAAGAGUCGCCAGCUCUCACCACUCACGCGCAUUUUCCAAUACAAAUUGAUCUGGCAAAAAUCAACGAUGGUAGUUCAAACUGCGCUGAAUCACGCGUUUCUUCGCUACAGUGGCAAGCGCGACGUUAGCUUCAAGCGUGCGCGCCAGUUCGACAGACAUGCGAGAGAGGGGCGCAUCAAUGAGGUCGAAAUGCACUCCCUAGCCCACCUACCCACAACACAUAAACAUGAGUACUUGAAAAGCAACAGACUCCAAGGUAGAAAUCUCGCCGAGGACGGUCGUAAGAAGACCAUAGUGAUGGGCGACGAACCAAAUCUCCUAAGCGACGGUUCACACCGGCCAGGACUGUCGUUGCUUCAAUGGUUGCGGGCCGCUUCUGACGUGUUCACUCUCGACGAUAUGUUGGCUUGUGCGUGCCACACCCCCCCACAUGCAUUCGCCUUUUCAAGAAGGACGCACUGGUGCCCUUCGGAGACGAUCCUACGCGCCACGACGAGUCCCGAAACACCGCUCUUUGAGAUUUCCACUUUACCCGAAAGAUUUCCAAAAGAAAUUCUGGAUCGCAUCGCCCAGUUGCUCGACUGUACUGUAGACCGGAAUCUCUCUCAUGACGCAAGAACUUUUGCAAACGCAUGCAUACAAGGCCAAGCUCGGUAUCAGUCGCGUUGCCAGUAUGAUAGUUUUCAGAUGUGCUACCGUUGCGUCGGUGCCAUUCCUGCCAACGAUAAAAACCCUCGACGAGGGGUGACGAAAAGCAUCAAUCGGUUUGAAGAACGAUGCUCCCGUCUCUCCCAUUUGAUUUCUUCACUUCAGAGCAGGUUCGAUCAUGGUCAGGAGCCAGCACCAGUCCCUGCUGGUUAUAGGCACCCAAAGUAUGGCGAUUACAUCAUGCUAUCGAGCAUUAAAGUGCAUGCAAUCGACCCCGGUGCGGCCGACAUUUUCUAUGUCGCUAACGGCGCGGCUAAUGUCGCAGUGUUUGAGACGCGGCAUCCGCGUUGGGCGUGCCGACGAGGUGGCCCUUGCCUUGCGACGCCAAUGACCAUGGAGAAACUCAUGCCAUCGUUCGGCUUGUCUCGAGAGUUACUCGAAGCUGAGCUCGCACGGGCGAAGGUGGAAGGUCGUUUUUAUGAAGAUAGACGUCGCCGCCAGUCGCUCAAAAAGACGUACGGUAUUCGAUGUUUGCGCCAGCGGUGCAAGCAAGUAUGGGUGCUCGAUUCGGAGUCGAUUGCACUGCGCGAUUUUUCUUUCGAUGAUACCUUUGACGAUUUUUUUGCGGAAAUUUCGACAGACCAUUCGGUCGGUUAUCGCAACGUCGUGACGGAUCACCGCGAUGUGUUUUGCGGGAUACCGGUCGCCCAGCGCGGGUUGGCAUUGACAGCCGGGCCGCUUGAUGCGCUUGGUCAGGGCGAUGCGGUGCACAUCGCACUGAAUCAUACGAGCUUUUGCACCCUUGACUACUGGAUUAUUUUUCCUGAUGUCGUCGAGGCAAUGUGUGCUCUUAUAGAGUCGAUGCAUGACCGGCCCUUCUUGUCAGUAUACGUAGAGCAUGCUUCUGAAUUCUCGGUUUACUACGGCAUUUUUGCUGCCGUGUACCUCACGCCGACGCUUGUUGCCGGCCGCCAACCCGAUCCUGGAGCGGGGGCGUUUCUCGCAAAUUUUUCAAGUACGCUGGUUGAUCCACUGCCCAUGUCUGUGCAUCAGAGCCUCUGCACACUCAUUACCAAUGCGUUGCUUUCACGUUUGGCAUUGGUUGAAUACGAGGCUCUCCGAUCAAACAAUUGCACGAUACAUGGCCAGUCUAUUGUCACCGGGGAGGGCGUCGGGCCUGGGGCUCAACGUCACUACAAGACGUGUUCUUUGUCGGUCGCGCUAAGGCGUGAGCUUUUUCAGACGGCGUUUAGCUGGCUCCAUGGCCACCGUUUCGAUAGGGUGGCGGAAUCGCAGCGGGCCGAUGUCGCCGAGCUCUUUGCCACCACGCCGCAGAUCACCUGGGCCACCUCCAACUGGCAUGAGCAGGCAGUACUUGUCCACGGCCCAAACGUAGCCGACGGCAGCCUUGGCGUCGGCAAGGCGCUCCGGCGACAAAACACGCACGCCGGCGCGGCGCUCAAGGGCCCGCAGGUCCGCCACGAGGCGCGUGAAAGCGGCGCGGUACACCUCGCGGUCGACAGCCGUGUAGGCGUCGACGACAUCGAGGGUGGCGCGGGGCACGGCCCGGACGUCGUGCGGCGGGACGCCGUGAGCCUCGUGGUGCAACUCGAAGCCUUGGUCAUCGGGCGGGACGAUCGGGGAGUCGUCGCCGUCGACGCAGCUUUUCCCCGGGAGCGCGCCGUCGAGCAGGAAUCCGAGAAGACAGAGGCUCUCGGUGAAGAGCUCGGUGACGCCAACGAAGCCCAGAUCGAACCGGACCGCGCGGACCGCAGCCGUCGCGUCGGGGAUGAGCGCGUCGCGAUCGGCGGCGUGAUGCGAGCACGUCGCGCGCCGGUCGCCGGCGUCGGCGCAGCACGAAGCGCAGCGCGAAUCCGUCGCGAGCCUCGGAUCGUCGCAGGUCAGCGCGCGGGCGAGCAUGUUGUGCGGGUUGUAGCAGUGAUAGUCGCCCUGCGACCAGGUCCCGGGGUCAAAAUGGUCGAGCCACGCGCGAAAGCCCGCUGUCCAGUUCCCCAGUCGCGUCGGGACGGUCGGCGCGACCCUGCGGCCCCAGUCCGAGCAGCAGCACUACAUGUACAUGGACACGACGUGGGACCGCGGCGACCGGACCAUCGUUGCCGCGAGGAGCGCCUCGAUGCCGCGCCGGGGGCGAAGGAGGCCCUCGAGGUUCGGCGCGAGGCGCGCGGACGACCACGUUCGCCGCGUCUCGGCGAGAGCGUCGACGGACUGAAACGGGCGAAGACAGACCUCGCCGUGCCCAAACAUCAUCGAGGCUCGACGAGCAGCGUCUUGGAGCCACCGCGUCGCGGACGUGCCCGCCGUUUUCGGAAUGUGCGCGAAAAACAGGGCCGACGCGCGUUUUGGCGCCGCCGCAUGAAGGUGUCGACCGGCCCCGGCCGAUUCGCGAUGGCUCGAUUCGCGUCGGCCGAGUACAUUUUCGAAAAGUUGGGCGCUGCCGUCAUCAUCAGCGUUUUUAAAAAUCGAUUAGCCAUUUGA